AUGCUAACAGAGAAGCAACAACAACAACAACAACAACAACAACAACAACAACAACAACAACAACAACAACAACAACAACAACAACAACAAAAUGCGAUAAGCAUACCUGGCUUUGCGGAGCAGAUCCGGCAGGUUGCUGCUGACCUGGUGAUCGUGAAAGAAGUCAGCACAACAGGGCACUGGGUCAAGGACAGUGUUCCUAACCAAACAUGGUUUAAUUACAGAGUAGUUAGACGCACAACAUUUCUUUUAUUUAAAGUGAGAUCUAUUAUUACCUAUUCUGAGGCUGAGUACGGAGUACUACUAAGUAUGAGCAAUAAUGACUCAUCACGGAGAAUUGUGAUUGGUUGGUUGCUCGUUGGUAAGUUACCUAGGUUGGCAGUACUCCGUAUUAGUUCAUACACAAAAUCAAGGCUAAUAGCUAAUAUCGUAAUAAUGUCUCAGUCAAUGGUUUAA